GACUCACACAGCGAGCCACGCGCGCCCCACACCACUCAGCGCAGCAACAGUGACAACAAGACCAGCAAUAGUAUAGCGCAACAGUACAGUAAUAGCAGCACACACCACCAUACCGGGAUGGAUUCCGGGAUGGAGCCGGUACCAACUCAUGCACACGAACCUCCUCCUCCUCCGGUGGUCAGUGAAGUGCAGCCACCGCCGCCCCCGCCGUCACCACCUCCACCCAAACCACCCGCACCCCCAACUCUACCCAAACUCACUCGCAAGGAUCGUCUCAAAGGUGUGGAUGGUGUGGAUGUGUAG